GACACGAAUUCGGGCUCUUUCUCUCUCUCUGUCUCACUCCUUCGUGUCCCCUUUAGAAGCAAUUUCUAAGACGCCGCCAUGGCGGAAACGCAGGAGCUCCUGGACGCGCUGACGGAGCACCUCGGCGCGUUCCACCGCACAGCAAGCAGACGCGAGGCUCAACGGGAGGCGCAACGGGAGGCUCAGCGCGAGGCUCAUCGCGCGGCUCAGCGCGCAUUCUCAUCAAAUUCCGCGAGAGUUUCCGAGCAGGAGGUCAGCCAGAGACCGUCGACCAGAGGGAUUAGCACUAGUACUACUCAUCAUCUUCAAUCGGACGGUGGAGGAAAGGUGCCGUUAGGCGCAUCUAGGGUUGGGAUUUUCCCUCACGUACAUCCACCGAAGCAGCAGAUUCAGGCGUGGGUACGCCAGCUGGACGUGGAAUCGCGACGGAGGGCUUUCACCGUUGUGGACCGGCAAUGGAUGCAGAUUCUCCUUCAGAUGGCGUCUCACAUCCGCAUGAACGGGCCCGGUCACUUCAUCGUUCUCUCAGACAUGAUCGAGCAGGCCCCCGUUACAGUCACAAAUGAAUCAGAGAAAAAGACGGCAGCAGCGGGGGGUCGUCCUGCAGGUGAGACGCGUCAGGCGGCCUCUGCUGCUGCUGCGGGUCUUCCUUCCCAUGGCCACGCGAAGGGUCGUGGAAAGGGGAGCAAGGGAGGCGGUGGUAAGAAGAAAGGGAAGUCAAGCAGUAGCAGUAGCAGUGGCGGUGGCGUUGGCGGUGGCGGUGGGUCGGCGAACGCAUGCCAACCAAGAAAUGGCGAGCUUGCUGACCGUCAAAAUCCGACAAUCAGAAACGGAAGCAGCGCACUUGUUUCGGAACAGUCAGAAUCUGAUGGUCGGAGUGAAGCAGCACCACAAGAAAUGAGCCUCAUCGCUGCUGGAGAAGGCGGGGGGAAUCUGAGCCGCUCAUCAGCAGCAGGCCCUCUGCCAGCCAUCUGCUUCAAGCGGUGUGAAGGCCUGUGGACCAGACUGGGCCGGCAGCAGUGGGCCAUCAGGCAACUGGAGUCCUCCCUUCAGCUCUUUUCCUCCUCCUCGCCUUCCUAUGGCGCUCAGCGUGAAGGGCUAGUUCUAGGGAAGGGAGGAAGCGGAGGCGGCACUGCAGCUGAUGACCUGCAGGAAAGGCAUUCUUCCGCCAUUUGUACAGUUGAUAGUACUCGUGCUUCGUUUCAGGUACAGGCGUCUGUAGAUUCCCUCACACUGGCUGACUCGUUACUAGCUAACGUUGACCUCUUGUUCACGGUCAUGGAGGAAGUCUCGUGGGGAGGAUUCCUUACCAAAGCGCCUGCGAGGACACAUACUUUUACCAGCAGCAGCAGCAGCAACACUGGCAGCAGCAGCAGCGGCAGCCAGGGAAAGUCUUCCUGGGAGGAGCUGCCGUGGCUGCAGGCGUUAGGGUUCUACCCCCUGGCGGCCUUUGUUGCCAGCCGCCUGGAGAUCCACCUGUGGCGCGCCUGGGACCGCGCCAGGGCGCACGGGGUAGCAGCAGUAGCGCCCACAGCAGGGGCGGGGGUGGGGGUUAAGGACGCGCCAGCUGCUGCUGCUGCUGCUACUGCUGCUGCUGCUGCUGCCACCUCUGCUGCUGCUGCUGCUGCUGCAGGUGGUGGUGGUAGUGGUGGUAGCUGUGGUGGUGGGGGUGAUAGCGGAGUGGCGGAGUGCCCCGCAUUGGGGCGGAUGGAGCGGCUGGAGUGGUGGUGGAGGGAGAAGCAGGGUGCUGGAGGCGUGGGGGCAAGCGCGCUUCAGGGCGCUUUGUGCCUUGCAGCUAAGGCUGAGGCCCUGUCAACUGUGCAACAAGCACACGCAGCUCAAUCCCAGUUCUCCCAGCACCACCUCAUCCGCAUCGUCCACCGCAAUCAGGCCGCCCUGCAGCCCUUGCUGCUGGCUGCCCGCCACUCCGUCUCCCGCCACAUCGGCUCGGCUCAUGCCAGCAGCGUCUGCUCCAAUAUAAACAAACCCGUCACAACUAACAGCCACCCUGCCAGCAGCAGCACUAGCACCAACGCCAGCAGCGCCUCCUGCAUUGCACCCUCCUCCCCCACCAACACCUGCACCAGCACCUCCCUGCACCCUCUGCUUCUCGACGGCCUCUUCCUCAACCCCUGCUCCCAGUCCGGCCCACCCAUAGUCUUCUCCGCCCACUCCUGGGACCGCCUGGGCCGGUCCCCUGCCGGGCCCUGGCUCGCCGGCCUCUUUGCUCUCAUGGACCUGGCGCCGCUUGUUGCUGCUGCGACAGGUGGCAGCCACAGAUUGGCGGAGGAGAGGAGGAGUGCUGCGGCUGCGAUGAGUGGUGGUGGUGAUGGCGCUGUGCCCAGGUGGUGUGAAGGGGAGGGGCUGGUGACUUCGUGCUGGGGCUCUGCUGCUGCUGCUGCUGCUAACUCUCCUCCCUCUGCUCCCUCCUCUGCUGCUCCCUCCUCUGCCUCCUCCUCUGCUACUCCCUCCUCCUCUCUUCUUUCCUCUCAACCCUCUCUCAUAUUCCCCCACACCCUCCUCUCCCCUCUCUCCGAAGCCUCUUCUUUGCUAAGCAGGGCGCGAGUGCGGAUCGCCUCUGCCCUUGACGCGUCCCUGCGGACUGCCCUGCAGCUCGAACUGCUGGAAGGGGAGAGGGCGAGAGGGGGGAGGGAGGCGGGGGAGGGGAGGGGGCAGGGGGGUGGUGGGAGCAGUGGGGGGCAGAGCAAGGGGCGGAAGAGGAAGAAGAAGAAAGGUAAGGGGAGGGACGGCAGCGCAAGGGAUGGCCCCGUUGGGGAUGGUAAUGCAGGGGAUGGCGAGGCGGCGGAUAAGCCUCCUCAAGAGGAGAGGAGAGGAAAGGAGAUUGCAACAGGGACGGUGGAUGAAGCAGAGGAGGGUGGAGUGGCAGCAGUAGGCGAUGCUGCAUUCAACAUGGCACAAGCUAGUGGAUCAGCCCCAGGUGGUUCAGGUGGUUCGGCUGGUUCAGGUGCUUCGCUGGAAGAUGGUGAUGGGUGGCACCUGGUGGGCAGAAGAGCAGCAGCAGCAGCAGCAGCAGGGAGUGUUGGUGGCAGCGGCGGUGGUGGCUCGUCGUCUGCAUCACCAGCAGCUGAAAGGACAGGAGGAGCAGCCAAAGCACUCACAGUAGGGGCUGCCAAGGAAGCAGCAGCAGGCGCAGUCAGAGCAGUGACAGGAGGUACUACAGCCAUCGCAGCAGCAGGCGUGGCAGCCACGCCAGCAACAGCAGGGGCAGCCAGCGUUGCCAGAACGGGAGCAGCCAGCGUUGCCAGAACGGGAGCAGCCAUAACAGCAGGUGUGGCUGCAUCACCCGGUAGCACAGCCACGGCAGUCACAGUGCUGGCAACUUCUCAGCAGGCGUCAGGUGCUCCUCAUGGCAGUGCUAGCAGCAGGCUCGCCUCUUCCUCUCGGGGCUCCACUUCCCCUGCCGAUCUUGACCUCUCCCUCUCAGCAUUCCCCCCCCUCCCUAUGCUGCAGCUCCCCAAGACGAGCCAAGCACCCCCCUCAGACCCCUCCCAGGCCCUUCCGUUCCUCUCCCCUCUCGUGCGCCGCACUCGACCGGAACCAUCGCAGCCCAUCCCCCCCAUCUCCUCCGUUUCACCUUCCACGUCCCCAGCCUCCAGCCCCACCCCAACCUCCCCUGAAUCGCCCUCCCCUCACUCUUUCAACUCGGGCUCCCUCCCUCCCACUGCUGCUGCUGGUGCUGCUGGCGCUGCUGGUGCUGCUGGUGCUGCCAGCAACAACCGCCCCAAUGUGUCCCCUGUGUCUCUGCGCUCAGCUGUGCCUGUGAUUCCUGUGGGCUCUUUCUGCACCAAGCACGCAGGCCAGGUUGUAGCGCAGACAGAGGGAGGCUGCGCGCAGGGGGCGAGCGCAGGCAGGGAGGCGGAGAAGAAGGAUGUGGAGAGGCCGUUGGAAGGGCAAGGUGAAGCUGGGGUGGUGAAAGGGGCCGGAGUUAUGGGUAUGAAGCAGAAGGUUGAGGAGGAGGUGGGUGGAUUGAAAAACGGGACAGCAAGAGAAGGUAUGAAGCAGAAGGUUGUAGAAGAGGAGGUGGGUGGAGUGGGAAGUGGGACAGGAAGAGACUGCCCUGCAGAACCAGCCAGCGCCUUCAGUCAUUCCGAGUCUGCUGAUCAACCGACACAGUUCGUGCCUUCACCAGAUGCCCCUCCCUUCUUCCCAUCAAAUUCACCUGAGAGGGUUCCAGUGCCAUCAGGAGGACCCCAUCUGCCACAGCAGCAGCAGCAGCAGCAGCAGGCACAGCAGUCACAGGCGCACCAGAAGCCUCCCUCCCAGCGCCAGUUCCCCCCCAUGCGCCUGCCCUACUCGCCCCGCCACGCCUCUCGCCUCUCCCCCCACCACGAGUGGCCCGGCUUCCCCAGCUUUCCCCCUGGCUGGCCCCGCUCUCUAUCUGUCACUCCCGGACAAGCACCCCCUUUAAUCUCACCCCACCGCUAUCACCACCACCAGCAGCAUCAGCAUCAGCAGCAGCAGCAGUUGCACCCGCAGUACCAGUUGCAGCAGUACCAGCAGCAAUACCACUUGCUCCUACAGCAGCACCACCACCACCAGCAGCAGUCAAUGUUAAAUUCUUUGCAUCUGGAGGGGUCGGGCAGGUGGCCGUGGCUGUGGCACCGGCCCUCUGCCCUCCACCUCACCCAGCUGCCACCCCGGCCCCCUAGCAUGCCCUCUUCUCCUGCUUCCUCCCGCUCUGCCUCCUCUGCUACCUCCUCUGGUGCCUCCUUUGCUGUCCCUGCCUCUGCUUCUGCUUCUGCUUCUGCUUCUGCUUCUGCCUCUGCCACUGCCUCUGCCACUGCCUCUGCCACUGCCUCUGCGUCGACUCCCACUGUUAGUGUCGCUUCUGCCUCUGCUUCUUCCCCACCUCCUCCUGCUGCUCCUGCUGCUGCCGCCGCUUUUGACGUUGCUGUAAACCCCUCUGCAAACCCUCCUGCAGCUGCUGGUGCCACUGCUGGUGCUGGUGCUGCUGGUGCUGCAUCCUCAUCGCCUUCCACCCGCUCAUCAUCUUCCCCUGCUGACGGCACCUCAUCGUCAGCCCUGCCACCCGCUACCACAGACCCCUCACACUCCUCCCCCACCCCGCCCAUCAGGAAAGGCCUGCUGGGCCCACACCCGCCAGACCUACAGCCGCUACUGCCCCCUGCCCUCCCUUCUUGGGCCAUGGAGCCUGCUUGGUCGCGCCCCUACUACUACGACUGCCUGUCAAACUCUGCUUCUGACACCCCUCACGCACGCCCCUGCGCGUUUGGCUGUUUCUCUGACACGGCUCUUGAGACGGCGCCUCAUCCCAGCCCCUACUGCUACUACGACGGCUACUAUGAGGGCGUUUCAGACACGAUCUCUGCAGACGAGCCUUUUCAGGCUUUUCAUGCCCGCUAUCCAGGUGUGCUCGGCCCUCCCAUGCCGCUGCACCUGCUGGACCCUCCUGUUCCCUACUCCUCUCCCUCUCAUAUCGCACACUCCCACCCCGUCUCGGGAUGGCAGACUGUAGGCAGUCACAAUGCAGGUCAGAGCUCAGCUGCCGGUCCUCGUGCUUUUCUACCCUCCCACAGCCCGAAUAAUCCAUCAGGCGUCCCCUCCCUGCCGCACCAGCCCUCUGCUGCCUCCCCUUCCGCCUCCUCUCGCUCGCUCCCCCUCAGGCCACCAGAGCCAGUGGUUGUGGCGCCCCCUGUGGUUCCUGAGCUGGUGGGAAGGGAUGGGGGGGAGCGGUUGGAGGGGGCUGCUGGGGAGGGCAGGUUGAGAAGGGCUGAUGAGGAUGCCACUGCAACAGCACUUGGUGAAGGGGGAAGGGUAGCAGGGACAGGAAUAGGGGAAAGCCGAGCGGAUGUCACAGGUGGAGGCGGAAGCGGGGGAGAGGGAGCGUCAGGUAGUGCUGCUGCAAUGCCCCACCGCCAUCCACCCCUGCGCAUUACUGUACCGUCUCGGCGCGGGGAAGGGGACGAAACCAGCCAUCUGGGUACUGCUGGGAGCAGCAGCAGCAGCAGCAGCCGUGGGGGUAGAAGGCAAGAGGAGGCAGCAGCAGGAGCAGCAGCAGCGCCUGCCCCACCUAGCACUGCUGCUGCUGCUACGGUUGCAAAUGCUACAGCCCGUGCAGGUGCCGAUGGCGCGGGUGGUGGCGUCCCUGGUCGGCAGGGUGACGGGGACUUUGAAUUUCAGGGCCAAGCUGCUGCUUAUCACGGGGAUGGUUCCUCUGAGAUGGCAGUGCAAGCCCCAAACACGCCCCUCUCAACAGCCUCUCGGCGUUUUUUCAGCUGGGCUAGAGACAGCAGGACAAGCCAGGACGGGACGGAGUGUGACGGGGAUGGGGAGGGAGCAGGGGAGGGGACGGAGGAAGGGGAGUCGGACGAUUGGUCCCUGGAGAAUUUCACAGAUGACUCGUUAUUAGCAGGGGAGAAUUACCAGAUGUUAGAGGACGAUUUUGCGGAGUUUGUGGGCGCAUCCAGCGACAGGGGGUACUUCUCAGAGGACGAGAGUGUCCCGGUGGUAGCCCAGAGAAGGGGGGUGUUUUACCCUCGGAAUUACCGGUCGGGGAGGGGCGUGCAUGGCAAGGAAGGGAUGCACGGCGGCAUGGGGGGGUUCACUGGGAUCGGGAUGGGGGGGUUUGGUCCAGGGGGAUCCUCUGAUGGCCGAGGGCUCCUGGGGAGUGGGCCAGGGGCGCAGGUGGGAGGGGGACUUUGCGCAGAAGAGACUCGUUUUUCCUAUGACGAUAAUGAUGUGGAUUAUAGAAACGUGUUUGGAGGAGGGGUGUUCUACUGGAACAUGGCGGAUUACAGAGGGGCCAGCGCUGGUGCGUCCCGCACGGGCUCGUCCCUGGGGUCAGAGGACAGCUCGUGGCUGAGAAGGGAAGCAGACGUACGCAUGAUUGUGGAUGAUAUAGUCCUGGGAUUUCCUAUGUCGGGGUCGAUUUCGGGGUCGUAUCCCCCGGGCAUGGGUCUGUCGACCGCGUCCACUGAUCGCUCCAACAUCGCUUCGCCUAGUUCCACGGCCUCUGGGUCGUUCAACAUGCGCCACGCCUCAACUUCUGCUGCUGCUGCUGCCGCCGCCGCUGCUGCUGCUGCUGCUGUGGCUUCCAGCGCCGCAGGAGCUGUUGCCGGAAGCGUUUCGCCCCGCUUUGAGCAGGGCAGUGCCAUGGGCGCGGGAGGAGGGGCGGGAGGAGGGGCGGGAGGAGGUGUUGUGGGCGUGGGAGGAGGUGGAAGGGGGAGUGGUAAUGAGAGGAAAGGGCGAAGGCUUGUGUCUGCAGGGAGUGGCGGACUCGUGCUGUAUGCGGCUGGGGCGACUAGCAGUGGCAGCAACAACGCUGGUGCUUUGACUGCUGCAGGUGUGGGGAGCCAGCAGCCGGGAGUAUCUCGAAGCAUGGGAUUAGCCCGGUCUGAGAGUGAUCCGGCAUGUGUGCUGGGACAGAGAGGCAACGGGGCUGCUGUGCCUACCAUACGGUUCACUGCUCCCGCUGCACCAGCAGUACCACGGGCAGCAGCAGAAGCAGCAGCAGCAGCGACAUCUGCAGCAGCAGCCGCAGCAGCAUCAGCAGCGGCGCCAGCAGCACCUGCAGCAGCUAAAGCAGCAGCAGGAGGAGGAGGUGAGGCUGCAGGAGGAGACGGGGGUGGGCGGGAGUGUGAUGCUAGGGAAGCUGAUGAGCGUGCAGAGAAUGCAGACAGUGUGCAAGUGGACGAUGGGCGGAGUUCCGCACAAGCAGAAGUACGAGAGAGUAGCAGUGGAAGCAGGGGCGCAAGUCCUGCAACGGCAGCCAAGGCACAUGCCACUGAUGUGGCUUCCACUGGCGCUGCUGCUUACGCUGGUGACACCGCAAAGCCUAUCGCCAGUGUUGAUGCCGUUGCUACGCAUGUGUAUGCGCAGCCAGUUGGUAGUGACACGGGGCAAGCGAGGGCAGGGAUGCCCCAUGCGGCAGGUGAAGCCAUGGGAGGGGAGGGACGUGGGGCUCAAGUUGACCCGCGGCAGAGCCAAAGCUUGCCAGGCUCAAGGCCUAGCAGCUCUGGAGGAGAGGCAGGUGGGCGGAGAAACAGUAACAGCAGCACCCCUGGACAGGGAACUCUGCCCACCUGUAGUCCACCCACGGACCAGCAGCAGGUGCGCCCUCUUCAGCUUGUUCCGCCGGUGCUUGUCUCGUCGUCCAGCCCAGGUUUUCCCACUAGCGGCAGCAGCGGCAGUGGUGGGAGCAACAGCAACAGCACGAGCAGCACCCCGGUGGGUCUGCGACGUGCUGGUGGCAGUGAAGGUGGUCGGAUGUUCCACCGCACCCCUCCCCUCUCCCGUUCCCCGUCUAUCAAAGCAGCAGAGGAAACUGCUGUUCUUCCUGCUGCCAGUUCUCCAUCACAAAGCCCGCAUCAGCUGCCGCCGCAGUCGCACCAGCAGCACCAGCAGCCGCAACAACAAUUGCAGCAGCAGCAACAGCCACAGCAGCAGCAGGCUCCGCUGAUGCAUAUCCAUACUCGCCCCAUCCAACACCGGAGCUGCGAGUUCAACUUCCCACACGGCUUCACACCACCAGGCACAGCCAUACCCCCUGGGGCAAGCAUAGCAGGAGCACCAGCAGGACCAGGCAUGGUUACUGCUGCAGCUGCUACUAUCGUUGCCACAGGCAUCACCCUUCCAGGUCCAAUCCGGGUUCCCACCCCCAGCAGCAUCAGUCCCAGCAGCAACAUCAGCAGCAUCACUCCCAGCAGCAUCAGCCCUAGCAGCAGCAAACCCUCCUCCCAUGCAGCAGCCAUGGCAGGCAGAAUGCGUUCCUGGAAACGCCCCAGCUCACCCGUUCUCAGGUACCAGCCGCCCCAGGAGGCACCUCCUCCGCCUCCACCCUCCCCUGUUGCCGGCGCUGGCCGUUCUCGGGGGUAUUUCCGGGUAAGAUCCGGGAGCUCUAGUCCCCGGCAUUGGGGCCUGUUGCCCAGCAGUGCUCCUGGUGGCGUUGGCUUUGCUGCAGCAGCUGCAGCAGUGGCAGCAGCAAGGGAGGCGGUGGUUUCAAGGGAAAACGCUGCUGCUGCUGCUGCGGUUGCGGCGGCUGGUGCGGCAGCGGCAGCGGCGGCUGCUGCAACACCAGGAGGGAUGGGGGGGGCAGUUGGGCUGCCUGUGAGUGGAUUAGGCGUGGCACAGGGUGGUGGUGUUGGCAGGGGGAUGUGGGGCCUGCCAUCUCCUGCUGCUGCUGCUGCGGCUGCGGCUGCAGCUGCCGCAGCCAUGGCUGCUGGGCAGGGGUCAAGGGUGAGGACAAUGGGGAUUGGAGGGAGGGCGAUCCAUGAUGGUGUGAGGGCGCUGGUGCCACCCCUCGCACUCGAUCCAGUCAAGCUGCCCACGAUCAUUCAGGUGGAUCGGUGCUGCAGGGGUGACCCCUCCUCCCAGCCAUCCCUGGCGGCACUGCACAGCGCGCUGCACGAGGAGAUUGAGGCGUUCUGCCUGCAGGUGAUGGGCGAGAUGCGCGCGCGCAAGCCAUACCAAUUGGCUGCCAUCACCAAAGUCUCACGCACGCUGCAGGUGCUCUGGCCUCGCUCCCGUGUGUCCAUAUUCGGCUCCAAUGCCACGGGGCUUGCUCUGCCCUCCAGCGACGUCGACAUCCUCGUGCACCUGCCGCCCGUCAGAAACCUGGAGCCCAUCAAGGAGGCGGGUAUCCUGGAGGGGCGCAACGGCAUCAAGGAGACAUGUCUGCAGCACGCGGCGCGCCACCUGGCGGACCAGGAUUGGGUGAAGGGCGACUCGAUCAAGACCAUAGAGAAUGCCAUGGUGCCCAUUAUCAUGCUCGUCGCCCGCCUGCCAGCUCACACGUCCCGCCUCUCUGCUGAUGUGUCACCUGCUACAGCUGCUGAAGCGGCCCCUGCCAGCGUGGCACCUGCUACUGCUGCUGAUGUGGCUGCUGUUGUCCUUGCUGACAUGGAGCCUGCUGAACUGACCCCUGCUGACCUGGCUCAUGCUGACGUGGCUCCUGCAGAUGUGGCUUCUGCGAACGCAGGGGGUGAGCAGGUGGAGUCCCGUGUCAUUGCAGACGGGAUGAGCGCCAGCGAUGCUGCCAUAUCAGCUGCUGCUGCCGUAUCAGCUGCUGCUGCUGGCACUACUGCUGGCUCUCGUCUCACCACUGCUGCUGCCACUGCUGAAGAUGGAGCCGGCAUUGCUACUGCUACUGCUACUGCUGCAACAGAGGAAACAGUCGCUGGAAAGGCGGCGGGACAAGUGGUGGGGGAGGUGGAGAAAGGAGAAGGGAAGGAGAUAGAGAGGGGAGAGAGUAUGGGGCCAAAGGUGGUAGCGGGAAAGACCGAUGGGGGUGAGAAGGAAAAGGGAAGAUUGGAGAAGGCAGAAGGGAGAUUAGAGAAAGCAGAGGGGAGGGGGGCGGCAGGGAAGGAGGUGCAGGUCCAGGUGGUGAAGGGCGGGGUGAGGGGGCCGUGGGGCAACGUGGACGACCGCAGGAACGUGCGCCUCGACAUCAGCUUUGAAGGAGGGUCGCACUCCGGCCUGCGCACUGCUGAGCUGGUGCGCGAGUUAACAGCGCAGUUCCCCGCCAUCCCGCCACUCGCCCUCGUUUUGAAGCAGUUCCUCACGGACCGCAGCCUCGACCACCCAUACACCGGGGGACUUUCCUCCUACUGCCUUCUGCUGCUUAUUACGCGUUUCCUGCAGAUCCAGCCACACAUCGGCCGUCCCCCUCAGUGGCAGAACCUUGGAAGCCUGCUGCUCGACUUCCUGCACUUCUACGGCUGUGUGUUUGACCCCCGCCGCAUGGCUGCCAGCAUCAGGCUGGGGGGGGCGUUCCUUGAGCGCGACCGCUCGCAGAGCAUCGACCCAUUGCAUAUAGAGGACCCCCUCGACCCCACCAACAACGUUGGGCGCAACUGCUUCCGCAUCCUUCAAUGCACCAAGGCAUUCGCAGACGCCUAUGAUGUGCUCGAGAGGCAGCUCCCAGACAUGACGUGCGCCAUCGCCCAUGGCAGCCCGCCAUGUGGCACGCAGCUACUGGCCAAGAUCCUGCCCAGCAUUGCCCCAGCAGCGACCAAGUGACCUCUGAGCCCUGCAGGAGUCAUCUGCAUACUGCCCAAGCAUACUCGGCAUGCUCAUCUACGAUCCUGCCCAGUUUUAAGUCGCUUAGAACCUUGCACACAGCCCAAGCAUGCUCAGCAUGUGCAGGUACUGGAUCCUGCCCAGCAUAGCUCCCGCCAUGUCCAAGUGAUGUUUGAGCAGAGAGGGCGUCAACAUUCUCCCCAGCAUUGCGCCAGCAGCACGUUGCUUGCAUGUAAGCUGCCUGUCACGUGUGUGUCUCGGUGUAUUUUGAGUCAUGUGUGUGUCUCGUAUCCCGUGCUGCUAGGUGGCAUGGCAUCAUGUUGUGCGUAUGCCGUAUCCUAGAGUGAUUGGUCCCGUUUCCAUCAUCUGCCCUUUCGUCUGCCCGCCAUGCUGUGUCUCCUGCCCCCAACAUUGUAUCCCAUCCCUUGUGUCUUUGAGUCCCUGUGCUGUAUGUACAGUACAUCCCACCCACAGCGCAUGCUUUAGUGUUGAUGUGAUAUCAUGGGCGUGGCAUGCAUUACACUCUGAUUCUUUCAGCCUGUGUACCAACUAGCAUUCAUUCGGAUGCUAGUCGAUCAUUCUUGAAAUUAGAUGUCAACUUGCUAGGUGACACACCACCACACCAUUCUGCCUUCACUCCUCGAUGUAUUGCGACUUGAAUUCUUCUUGUUGGAUCUAGCAGGUUGCGAGUGUAGGUGUUCAAUCUUUGCAAGCCGGCACACUCUACAAGCAGACA